UCAAAUAAAUUGUCAAAUCUAGAAAAUUUUUAUAUUAACCUAGAUAAUUAUACAAAAAUCGUUGCAUCAGUCGAUAUAUCCUCUCAACUGAACGCUGAAGCAAUUUCUUUUUAAUAAAAUAAGUACCAGAGAAUAUAAAAAUGGUUGGAAAUAAAAACGAUUCGCGUCAAAGGCUUUCUGCUCGACAACCAGCAAAUCUUACAAUGGCCCCAAAGCCAGUACAUCCGCGAGCCGUACGAACGCACGGUUUUUUUGGUGUAUCCUUCGUACGACAACAUAUGGUCAUUGAUGACCGCUGGACGCCAACUUCGUUGACCGAGCAAUUUAAAGGCAUGGCGGAUUUGUUGUCUAAACGUUUGGUGUUUAAGAAGCUAGAGGCAGCUGCUAAUCACAAGCGCUACAUACGAGAGAAUCGUAAUCUGAAACGACAGUGUCGUGAUGGCCGCACCAAGCUGUCCAACGUUCUGUACGGUGAUAAUACAAAAAAGAUAAGAAAUUUUUUAAUUAACCAUAAGGAUAUGCAACGCUUGUACCAGAAGAUGCCCGUUGAGUUGGUUGUGGAUAACAUUAACCAGCGCACGUUUGUGAUGCGUAAAGAACGAGAUCGUUUGAAGUUUCGUUUGGAUCAAUUGAAGAAUGUGUACAAGGAAAAAUUACUAGAGCGCGCUGUUUUACAAAAUCGCAUUAAGUAUGAAAAUGAAUUUGUACUGGAAGAGGAAUUGAAGUCCCGUGUUUUCCGCAAGAAAAUCGAGAAUUCCAAUGUGCGUUUAAAAGCAAUUAAAACCAUAAAUGGCACAUACAGAAAAAUGAUUCAAGUGUUACGCCACGAUGGAAUCUUUUACGAGCCUAUCUUGCGUUCACUCAGCCAAGAUAUUGAGGAUCAAUCGAAUUUCAUAAAACAUAUUUUGCAUUUGGGCAUGCCGGCGAUUGCUAAGUUUAAGGAACUUAGUGAAGAAUAUAGGCAAAUGGAGGACAAAUCGCGCAAAAGUAUGCAAGCGAAAUUACAAAUGAUGGCGCAAUAUCGUAGGGAAGGGAAACGAGUGAGCAUUCCGAAAUUAGCACAAAAGCCAGAGGAUCCAAUAUCAAAUGCUAAGCGUUACGUACGUGAAACUGCGAGCAUGUUAUUCCUUAAAAAUGAAUUGGAAGUGAUAGAGAACACAAUAAAGCAAGUGAAAUUUGCAACACUCUGCUCACAAGCAAAAGAGAUAUAUCCAAGAAUAAAAUCUCAAGUGGAAAACAAUUUUAAGUUAAAAAAAAUGAUCGAGAACGAUAUGCUUGGUCAUCAGACGUUGGAAACAAAAAUGAAACGUGCUGAGGUUUUGGAGGGUAUUUUAGUGAAUAACUUGUCGGAGCAGGAGAUCGCACGCUUGGAUCGGAUACAAGAGCUCAAGGACGCCAUAAAAGAGGAGGAUAAGGAAGAGGAGAAAAAUAUUGCCUACAUUAAGAAUCGUGCAGAUGCCUAUGUUAUGUUACGCUUCUCCUUGUGGAACUUGAAUGAGAUUCUUCGUCACGUCGAUCGGCCGGAUAAGCCGUCACGUAUAAAAUAUCCGAAUUCGUAUUUACGUCUACCGUUACUGAAAUUUGAGAUGCUCACCAUGCGUGCAUGCCCUCCUGAGCAUUACGAGGAGAAUAUCGACACCAUUAUGCAUUCAGUAAUUCGCAAAGUUUAUAAAUUAAUGCGAGCGUACAAGGAGGAGGUUCCACCUGCCACAAUGGCUCGUUAUGUUGACGGUUAUCAGAAUGAAUUCCUUGAGAGUAUGGAAAUUGAGAAUGUCGACGAUAGCAACGAAGUGCAGGAACAAGAGGAAGAGGAAGAUCUUUUGCAGGAAUCGAAACCUUUGCAAAAUGUACCAAAUCGCAAACAGAUAAAAGCACAAAGUGCUAAAUUGGUGGAAGAACUUUCCAAAAAGGAGGAUUAGUUACCUCGAUAAUUAAGCAUUUCUUUGUGUAUGCCAAGUAAAUUAUAAGUUAUUUAAAAUUAUUUCAUGAACUAUAUUAUUUUAUAUUUUUAAAUAUUCUC